GUUUUCUGACUGUAAUUGUCGUUAUCAAAACGACCUGCCGUUAGUAUUUCCAUCGUCUGUACUCUAUCUGUUUCAGUGUGUUAUUUCAUUCAAAUCGGAAGUCAGAACUUACUUUUGAUAACGCGUGAAUCCUUGUAUUGUGUACAAUUCUCAUUUGACAAUCUCAAACUAUUCUAAAAUCAAAUAUGAGAGUUGUUGUCGGUGGUUGUAUUUCGCUGUCCCCAAUCGCCGCCCUACGGAAGCCGACUUACCGCCAUAGCUUUCGACCAUCGAAAGCCCUAGUUCCGUCUCCCCUCUCAACGGCUCCUGUUCCUCGUUCGAUAUUUUCCCGAUUCUCAACCUCAGCUUCUACUGCGGCACCGGACUCCAUGUCUCCGGAGCCCAAACAGUCCCAGAAGCCGUGGCUCAUCGUCGGUCUUGGAAACCCCGGCAAGAAGUACAACGCAACUCGCCAUAAUGUUGGUUUUGAAUUAGUAGAUGCUGUUGCUGAAGCUGAAGGGAUAUCUGUUACCAGUGUUUCUUUCAAAGCUCUUCUUGGGAAAGGUUUUAUUGAAGAUGUUCCAGUUAUGAUUGCCAAACCGCAAACUUUCAUGAAUGCAAGCGGUGAGUCUGUUGGAGCCAUGGCCUCAUAUUACAAGAUUCCACUGAAGCAAGUACUUGUGAUUUAUGAUGAUCUAGAUUUGCCUUUUGCGAAAAUGAAAUUGUUGCCAAAGGGUGGACAUGGAGGGCACAAUGGGAUGAGGAGCAUCAUUGAUCAUUUUAAAGGGAGUCGUGAUUUUCCUCGUUUGAGAAUUGGUAUUGGACGGCCUCCUGGGAAAAUGGAUGCAGUUAACUUUGUUCUUCGACCGUUCAAUAAACAAGAGCGUGAAGAGUUAAAUUUUACAUUCCAAGAUGGAAUAGAAGCAAUUCGGAUUCUUCUGCUUCAGGGCUUCAAUAAAAGUGCAACAUUUGUUAAUAGUGCCAAACCCAUGAAGCAACUCGGUUAACAUAUGAUAAAACUGUGCACUAUAAUUUAUAUUCCUGUUAAGUUUCAUACAUAGCUUAAAUUAUUUUUUGAUACUACGGAACUGGAGAUCAAUUUCAAACACCAAUUCAUUGAAGCAGCUGCAGCAACAAAUUUUGUCUAAUUCUCUCUUUGAUAGAAUUAUCAAAGGCAAUUUCUAAUUUAACAUGAAUUCAUUAUUUUAAAGUGUAUUUAGUUCUCUUCAAUACUCAUAUUUGGAGUCUAAAAUUUAGUUUUUA